AUGACUCAAGCAUACAUCAUCGGCGAUAGCUCCCCGUUCCUCAAGCGCGUUUUGAUCCCCUUCUGGGUUAUUCGAAUCGCUGUCAUGGUUCUCGAGGUCGUUCUCUACGCCGGUUCCAUCGCCGUUGUCGCUUCGAACAAGGACGCUUUGAACCACUAUGGCGACGAUAGCAGAACGGCAAGCUGGCUCAUUGGUGUCCUCGCUGUUAUCAUGGUUAUCAUUCUUAUCUGCCUCAUUCUCGACAUUGUCUGCAUCGUCAAGCGCUCUCGACGCACGCUUAGCCCUAAAUUUUUCCUCAUCACUAAUGUCAUUCAAACUUUGGUCUGGGUCAUUCUGUUCAUCCUCACCAUCAUUGGAGCUGGCGGCGCGAUCACCAUCGUCAUCGCGAUCAUUAUUCUCGCCUCCUUCGUCGGCCUCCUCAUUUACGCCAGCGUCAUCUACCACAAGUUCCGUAAGGGCACAUUGCCCCGCGGAAACUACGCUCCCGCCAACCCUACCACUGGUUACACUGGAGGCUACGCUUCUAACCAGCCCAACAAGACCUAUGACCCGAACGUUCCCCGUUACGAGAUGGAUCAGAGAUACGCAUAA